GAGCGGAGACCCGUAUGUUUCAAAUCGAGAUCUUUCGGAGCUGCAUGGUCCAUUCACGGCUUCACAACAACAUUCAGGUGACGUGUAGAACCGAAGCGAGCUUGCAUGUGUCCAUACGGAACCAAUACGGAGGUCCACUAUGUCUGAUGAAGACCUAAUUUCAGUGGAUUAUGAGGUUUUUGGCAGAGUGCAAGGUGUAUUUUUUCGGAAAUACACUCAAGCAGAAGGGAAGAAACUCGGCCUGGUUGGUUGGGUCCAAAACACGGGGGCAGGAACUGUUCAGGGGCAGCUCCAAGGCCCACGCAGCAAGGUGAAAGAAAUGCAGGAAUGGCUGAGGUCCACUGGGAGCCCCAAGUCGCACAUAACCAAGGCGGAGUUCAAGGAUGAGAAAACAGUUGACAGCCUAGAACACUCAUCUUUUAACAUAGUAAAGUAAAACAUAAUGCACUGACUGCCUGUAAUACUAACUCGGAAGCAGAUGUUUAUUUAUUUAGUAUUUUUUUAUUUGAUGGAUUUCAGCACUUAUAAUGCAUGAAAACGACGUGUACUGUAUAAGCUGGUUCUCUUUAACAUCCACAGACUGUGUGGUAGCACUAAUAAAUGGAAAAUUCCUUCUACCGGCUUCA